AUGGUGUUUCUGAAGGAGAAGGCUCUUCCAAGUGACUCUAUCACAACUUGGAAUGAGUGCAAGAGGGAAUUCCUAGAGAAGUUCUUCUCUACCUCGAGGACAACCAAGAUCAGGAAUGAGAUCUCUAGCUUUCAGCAGAAGCACCUAGAGGGAUUUAGUGAAGCAUGGGAGAGGUUCAAAAGCUAUUGGUCUCAAUGCCCAUAUCAUGGCUUCACCAAGGAGAGUUUGCUUAGCACCUUCUAUAGAGGAGCUCUACCACAGUGCAGAAACAUGCUUGAUACUGCCAGCAAUGGUUUCUUUUUGGGAAGAACUGAGGAAGAGGCAGAGGAACUGGUAGAGAACAUGGCCAAGAGUGACUCAGUCUACAGUGAGGAGCAUGAUAGGGUCAACAGAAGUGAUGAUCAGCAGACAAAGAAAGAGAUCAAGUCCUUACAAGACAAGAUGGAUUUGCUUCUUUCCAACCAAGCUAAACAGGAGCAGAUGAACUUUGUGGGUGGUCCUAGUCAAGAGGUUCCUCCUAAGGUCAAUGAGGUUGAUGGUUUAGAAGGCCAAAAGGAGUUGUGCUUCAUCAAUGCUAAUGGCACAUGGUACAGGAAAGAGCCCAAUUUUCAGUACCAAAACAACUAUCAGCAAAGGCCUUACUACAACAAUCAGCAAGGAGGUUACCAAGCCAAGCAGAACUAUCCUCAAGCCAACCAGUCUCCUCAGACUCAAGGAAGCUCUUCUAAAGCUCAAGCUCCAGAUUCAAGUGUGGAUUCUAUGUUCAAGCAACUCUUGGAAUUUCAGGCCAGAAAUGAGAAGACCAUGAUUUAUGAGUUCAAGAACAUCCAUGCAAAGAUUGAUGGGAACUAUUCUCACCUCAACAACAAGUACAUGCAACUUGCCUCUCAUCUCAAGGCUUUGGAGAGUCAAGUUGCUUCUAUGCUUUCAUCCUCCAAGCAGCCAAUGGGGUCUCUACCAGGGAAACCAGAAAAGAACACCAAGGAGUCUUGCUUCUAUGCCUUGCAUAUUUACAUGUUUUUAGCCUUCAUAUCUUGUACAUUCUGA